GAAGCAACUUUUGUAGCUUUCUUCGUUUAGGAAUUAUCUAAUUAAACAUGACGACGAAGCUAUCGAGCUUCUGUUUCUUGACCCAUGGAUUAGCGGGAAUCUCUUGCGAGAGAGAACAUGGAAGUUCUCGUCGAUUUUUCUAUCUCCCUUCUCGUCGAUUGGUUUCUACUUCUUGUAAAAUGCGACAACAACGUGGUUUCUAGUGAGUGCUUUUUUUGUCAAUUUCACUCGAUUGCUGUGUUGAUUUUUGAGAACUCUAGUAAAAGACAGGAAAUCAAGAAAGGCUCCCCUAAACCGAUCCUAUCGAUAACUUCAGGUCUUGAGUGCAACAACGAUGAGGAAUCUGAUCCGGAGAAUGGUUCUGCGGACAGUGCGCCGAGUCUUAAGUCAGAUGCAGAAAAGGAUAAUAGUAUUCAUGGCACCAUAGAUUUGAAUCAUGCUGAUGAGAAUCUUGAAAAGAAAGAUGAUGUACAAACAAUUGAAGUAACUCGGCGCAAGAAUAAACCUGCAAAGAAGAAGGAUGAGAAUAUUGAUGAUGGGCAGAAUUUAAGUAAUAUAACUGUGCCUGAGGUUGCAAAAGCUUUGUCCCUUAACAAAAGUGAAGGCGAGCAGAUUUCAGAUGGACAGUUUGGGGAACUAAUGACAAUGAUAAGAAAUGCAGAAAAAAAUAUUCUUCGGCUUGAUCAAGCACGGGCCACUGCUCUUGAUGACCUUAACAAGAUUCUAAGUGAAAAGGAAGCUUUGCAGGGAGAAAUCAAUGUCUUGGAAAUGAAAUUGUCUGAGACUGAUGAAAGGAUUAAAACUGCUGGUCAAGAGAAAGUACAUGUAGAGCUUCUGGAAGAACAGUUAGAGAAGCUUCGUCAUGAAAUGAUCUCCCCUAUAGAAAGUGAUGGUUAUGCUCUAGCUCUUAGCAAAGAGCUCGAAACAUUGAAGAUGGAGAAUCUCUCUUUGAGAAACGAUAUAGAAAUGCUUAAGUCAGAACUUGACAGUGUUAAAAAUACUGGUGAACGUGUGGUUGUGUUGGAAAAGGAGUGCUCAGGUUUGGAAACUUCUGUAAAGGAUUUGGAGUCUAAGUUAUCGGCUUCUCAGGAAGAUGUCUCGAAGGUUUCUACUCUUAAAACCGAAUUCACUGAUCUAUGGGCGAAGGCAGAGAAUCUACAGCUGUUGUUAGAUAGAGCUACCAAACAAGCAGAGCAAGCAGUUAUAGUGUUACAGCAGAAUCAAGAUCUCAGAAAUAAGGUUGAUAAAAUCGAGGAAUCACUUAAAGAGGCCAAUGUUUAUAAAGAAUCUUCAGAAAAAAUUCAGCAGUACAAUGAGCUAAUGCAACAUAAGGUGACAUUACUCGAGGAGCGGCUUGAAAAGUCUGAUGCAGAGAUAUUCUCAUAUGUCCAGUUAUAUCAAGAAUCGAUAAAAGAAUUCCAGGAAACACUUGAAAGUUUGAAGGAAGAAAGCAAGAAAAAAUCAAGAGAUGAACCGGUUGAUGAUAUGCCUUGGGAUUAUUGGAGUCGGUUACUUUUAACUGUUGAUGGAUGGCUGCUUGAGAAGAAAAUAGCAAGCAACGAUGCUGACUUACUGAGAGACAUGGUAUGGAAGAAAGAUAGAAGAAUUCAUGAUACGUAUCUUGCCGUCAAAGAUAAGAAUGAACGUGAUGCCAUAUCUGCAUUUCUCAAGCUUGUGUCAUCUCCAACAAGUUCAGGAUUGUAUGUCGUUCACAUUGCAGCUGAGAUGGCACCUGUAGCUAAGGUGGGAGGUUUGGGAGAUGUUGUGGCAGGUCUUGGUAAGGCAUUGCAAAGAAGAGGUCAUCUGGUAGAGAUUAUUCUCCCCAAAUAUGACUGUAUGCAGUAUGACCGUGUCCGUGACUUAAGGGCUUUGGAUACUGUUGUGGAGUCAUAUUUUGAUGGGAAGUUAUAUAAAAACAAAAUCUGGAUUGGCACUGUUGAAGGUUUGCCUGUACAUUUCAUUGAACCUCAACAUCCAAGCAAAUUCUUCUGGAGAGGACAGUUUUACGGAGAGCAAGAUGAUUUCAGACGCUUCUCGUAUUUUAGCCGAGCUGCAUUAGAGUUGCUUCUUCAGUCCGGCAAAAAACCCGACAUCAUACAUUGUCAUGACUGGCAAACAGCUUUUGUUGCGCCACUGUAUUGGGAUCUGUAUGCUCCAAAGGGAUUAGAUUCUGCCAGAAUAUGCUUUACAUGUCACAAUUUUGAGUAUCAAGGUACCGCGUCUGCUUCAGAAUUGGGAUCUUGUGGGCUUGAUGUUAACCAGUUAAAUAGACCAGACAGAAUGCAGGAUCACUCGUCUGGAGAUAGAGUCAACCCUGUUAAGGGUGCUAUAAUUUUCUCAAAUAUUGUAACAACCGUGUCCCCUACUUAUGCACAAGAAGUUCGAACAUCUGAGGGAGGAAAAGGACUCCAUUCAACACUCAAUUUUCACUCCAAGAAAUUCAUUGGAAUCCUCAACGGCAUUGACACGGAUUCAUGGAAUCCUGCCACCGACCCUUUCCUCAAGGCCCAGUUUAACGCUAAAGAUCUACAAGGGAAAGAAGAAAACAAAUACGCCCUUAGAAAGCAGCUUGGACUUUCUUCAGCCGAGUCAAGACGGCCACUGGUUGGUUGCAUAACAAGAUUAGUACCACAGAAAGGAGUUCAUCUAAUCAGACAUGCCAUAUACAGAACAUUAGAGUUAGGUGGACAGUUUGUACUUCUUGGUUCUAGCCCGGUUCCACAUAUUCAGAGGGAAUUUGAAGGUAUUGAACAACAGUUUAAAAGCCAUGAUCAUGUCCGGUUGUUACUGAAGUACGAUGAAGCUCUGUCUCAUACGAUUUACGCAGCAUCUGAUAUGUUCAUCAUUCCUUCAAUUUUCGAGCCUUGUGGGCUUACACAGAUGAUCGCUAUGAGAUAUGGCUCCAUUCCAAUUGCGCGAAAAACUGGAGGUUUAAACGACAGUGUCUUCGACAUCGAUGAUGAUACAAUACCAACACAGUUUCAAAAUGGAUUUACAUUUCAAACCGCGGACGAACAGGGUUUCAAUUAUGCAUUGGAGCGAGCAUUUAAUCACUACAAGAAAGAUGAAGAGAAAUGGAUGAGACUUGUAGAGAAAGUGAUGAGUAUAGAUUUCAGUUGGGGAUCAUCGGCUACACAGUACGAAGAACUCUACACAAGAUCAGUGUCCAGAGCCAGAGCUGUUCCUAAAUCCUAACCGCACGUGAGUGUCACAUGGCUCCUAGAGAUUCUUUCUUGUAACACAUAACUUUACUUGUUCAUAAUAGAAAAUCUUUUGGGAG